UCGUCCAGACCUAAGCCGGUGGCCGGACCGGACGACCUGCUUCUCUUGCUGGUUCAGGAUUGGGCUCGUGACAAAUCGGUCUUUCCAACUGAGGACGACCGACUCGAUAUUUCUACGAUUAUGCUAUUCCAGUCUUAUACAAGCGGCCGCUCCGUAGAGUUUGUUUAU